AUGAGCCAGUUGACCUCCGAGAUCCUCAAAACCCGUGAUGAUGCGGUGUCCAUGCUCGGUAUCAAGAGGCCGAGGCGACACAGAAGCGGCUCUGAGGACAGCACGCAGUCGCGGAUGUCAACGCAAUCAAAAUUUUCAAUACAAGACAGAUUGUUCUCCAAGAUUCUAGAGCAAGUGAUCCCAGCUGAAGACGAUGACGAUGGGGCGGAUUUAGACGACGAUGCCUCGGUGGCAUCGUCCCAUCGACCGCCUUUCAGUUUACCGGCAAUGUCUAACAAUUUCCGAAGAUUCAAUGCAAGAAUUGGCGUAGUAUUUCUGUUUCAAACCCAGGUUGAGCAGGUACUCAGCUGGGAAACCCCAUCUCACACAAUAUCUCUCCUGUUUGUGUACUCAUUCAUCUGCUUGGAUCCGCACCUGAUCCUCAUUCUACCGCUCGUGGUGUUUCUAUUGUUCAUCAUGGUACCAGCGUUUGUUGCUCGUCAUCCUCCGCCACCCUCUACAUCCACUUCAAGCACCAUCCCUUAUUAUUCCUACGAUGGUCCCGCAUUGGCGCCAGCAAAGACCAUCAAGCCCGCCUCGGAGACCUCGAAAGAUUUCUUCCGCAACAUGCGAGAUCUCCAGAACGUGAUGGCAGAUUUCUCGGACGCCCACGAUGCGAUCAUCGGCAUUUUUGCGCCUUUGACAAACUUCUCCAAUGAGAAGUUGUCGUCAACCAUCUUCCUCGGUGGAACGGUGGCCACGGCCGUGCUUUUUCUCAUGGCGCAUCUCUUGCCCCUCAAGUUGAUCAUGCUAGCCGUUGGGAACGCCGCUGUUCUCUCCAUCAAUCCGAGGAUCCGAAGUAUGGCUAAGGCGUUGAUUUUCGAUGUGUUAGGCGAGGGCCCAGAAGAAGACAUCGGAAACGAGGGUGCGUUGGAGGGCCCAGCUGGAUUUGUGGCAUCCAUCCCGCAGGAUCCCUCUGCUGCUAUGUCUGCGUUGGAAAAGCUGGCAGACAUAUCACUUGACACGGAACCAGAGGAGCGUGAAGUGGAGAUUUUUGAGCUCCAGCAUCGCGCUUUCGAGUCUGCCGAGCCGGGUUGGGAAACCUUCAUCUUUAGUCCCCAGCCAUAUGACCCUCUGUCGCCAGCACGGAUCGCAGGUGACCGGCCACGUGGAUGUCGAUUUUUCGAUGACGUCCAGGCUCCAUCAGGCUGGAAGUGGAAGGGCAAGAAAUGGGAGCUUGACAUGGACUGUCGAGAAUGGGUAGUCGAGCGAAUGAUCACCGGCGUAGGGUUCGAGGUUCCCGAAGCGGACCCGAACGCGAGUGCUCUGAUUGAUGAGGUUGGAGGAUGGGUAUGGGAUUUGCGCAAAGAGCAGUCGACGGGACGCGAUGAGCCAGAUCGUGGCGUCACUCCCUCAGAGUACGGCGAUCUAGAUCUAUCGAGCACUGUCUCGAGGGCUACGAAUGCAGUAUCUUCCAAAGGCAAGCACCGAGCAAGGCCUACCAAAGAUUGGGAAGAGGCUUCGUCGGCCCUCUACGGUGUGGGAGACUGGCGACGUCGGCGGUGGGUGCGCAUUGUGCAGCGUGUGAACCUUCGUCCGGUCUCGGGCACAGGCACCGUUACAUAUUCCACACUACGUCAGGGUUAG